UAGUAUUACUUUUUAAUUAUGUUAUGUUCGGUUUUUCGGAUCCAAAUAUUUUACCUAUACUUACUUUUCCCAUUAAUAUAAAGAAAAAUAAAAUAAAUGUAGAACAAAUAUUCUGAGGUUAUUUUACAUACAUAAUUAUUAGACCAUACUUUAAGAAUAUCAAUCAAAAUGGUUGGACAUCAUGUCAAUAUUGUUGAGUAUAUUGUAAAAUUUACGUAAUAUAUAACUAAUAACGUGUACUUUGUACUUUCUUAUUAAAAAGGUUACUGGUAAAUAUAAUAAAAACACGAUACAAUCGAGUGAAAAAAUCUGUUUUUAAUCGAUUUCACAAAUUUUCUUUUUUUCUCUUUAAGCUUUUUUGUUUUCUUAUUUUCUUUAGGAAUCUAAUUAUGUUUCUAAUUCUUGGUAUAAUAUGAAAAUUCUGUAAAUAAAAUCAAUAUUUGGCUAAAUUAGAGAUAUGAUUUUAUGUGUGGUAUUUUUCACCUCAGAUUUCUUAAUUCAUAACUAAUCACAAUUCUUUGUUGUAUUUGUGUACAUAAGUCUCAAUCAUGACCAAGCUCGGAAAGGUAUGAAACUUUCAAUUUCUAAAAACUUUCUCAUUCCAUCAUUUUAAUUGAUGUGAUCUCUUAAUGAUUUUGUAAUUUCUUUCUUUCAACAAUGAUUUUAUUCAACACAUAUAACUUCAAUUCACUAAUACAAAGGUUAAGAUGCAUGAACUAAAAAUGAGCGGAUUAAGAAAAUUAAUAUGUGAAUGCAUUAUAUUGUACGAUUAUUUGAAAAGCAUUCUCCUUACGACACAUUAGUUUUUUUUUCGAAAAAAAAAUCUUCAUGAUUUCACUUCACAGUAGCAAACUUGUGAAUAUAUAUAUAUAUAUUAUUUUUUUUUUUUUUGAAAAGGGUCUUUUUAGAAGUCCAUCUCUUUUAAUGUACAGGAGAUUAUGUAUCUAUUAGGUAUAGUCUUAUUUUGGAAGAAAAUUAUAGAAAAUCCAACUUUUCUGAAGUAUGUGAAGUAAAAAAAAAGUCAUAUUUUAAUUUGGUCAAAGAUAUAAAUUAAAGUUAUUUCCAUUACAAAAGUGACCAAAAUCAUAUAUAAAUACGUUCCUAAUCACCCUCACAAUGAAAGAAAACUUAGAAAUGGAGAAAAUUACAAUCAUUUUCGUUGUUCUUCUCCUAAUCUCUUCAUGCAUGAUAAUGAGGAGUGAAGGUCAAUCUCGAUGUAACAAAGUUGAGGACUGUGAUCCUCGUGGUUGCAAGGGCAGCAGAGUAUAUUCACGUGUAAUAUGUCAAAACCAUAUGUGUACUUGUGACCAUGGUUCUCUUAUUGGCGGUAAUUGUAAAGGAGAUGGUGACUGUAUUCCUGAUGGGUGUCCACCAAAGAAUCAAGUAAAAUGCAACAUUGGCCGCUGCACUUGUGUCCCAAAGUUGAUUUAGUGGUCUACAAUGACUGGAAUAAUUCUAGAUGUAUGUCUUUAAUUAUCUAGAAAUAAUUGUAGUACUCCAACUAAUAAAAAAGAGAUCUAAAAAUAAGACAAAAUUAAAAGAAUCAAUUUGUUUAUUUAAUGAUUCAUGCAGGCAUUGGCAUAAUCGUAUAAUCAACUACAUGUGUGAAGGUACGAACUAGUGUUUUGGUUGCGAUAGCCAAAUUGUUAUAGUUUUUGAAAAAAAAUGAAACAACUUUACGACAUAAACUAAUUUUUAGACUUACUUUAAUCUUGAUUUUAAACAUAAGUUCUCAUUAAAAUAACUUAAUUUUAUUAUAGAUUUUUAAACAUAAGUUCUCAUUAAAAUAACUUAAUUUUAUUAUAGAUUUUUAUGUAAUAACAUCUCUUGGUAAAUAAUGACAACAUUUUCAGUAAAGAAAAAGUAAAUAUAUAUUCAGUUCAAAAAUAUAUAUAUAUAUAUAUAUAUAUAUAUAUAUAUAUAUAUAUAUAUAUAUAUAUAUGGGUCAGACUUUAUGGCCCCAUUUAUACAUAAACCUAAGGGCACUGGUUGGAUUAUGACGCAUACAGCCAUACUCCGUCGUCUUGCACUUGGCAUAAACCCACAUUUAGGCUUUCUACUCCCACACAUGUCAUGUAUGAAACUCCCAGUCCCAAUAAAAGUGUUGUAUAUCUUCGUUAAGGUAUGGGCUUCUAACUAUUAAUGGGCCUAAAUUUAUGUUUACGCCUUCUGAGAUCGUCUCUAACGAAAAAGAGGUCUUUGGACGGCGCCUACCAAGUACAAACAACAGAGGACUACUCACGUGACGUAAGUAGAUUUGGUGGAGGGUAGCACGUGAGCCGACCAAAAGCAUGGGAACUCAAGACUCAGAAAUCUAAAUUCCUUUUGCCUUCGUCGCUUGGGAUCACGAAAGGGCUCUUUGUACUUUUCCAAAGAGAAUGAAAAAAGAAUCUCUGAUUCUUUAGUGACAUGUUUAUGUUUAGCGCUUUUGGUUAAAGUUUUCCAAAAGUAAUUCCAGCCAUUGAGAUACCGUAAACAAUUUUUUUCUGCCACCACCACUAUAACACAGGAAACGUACUCGAUGCCUUGGGCAAAAUUCAAUGGCAUGCUUAUUUUGUCAAGUUUAUAACGUUAAGCUAUGGUUAAUUGUCACACUAAUUAUAAGCGUUUGAUGUCUAUACUUUGAAUGCGAAUUUGUUGUUUUCAUGUAACAUAACAUUUUACCAUUCUAUAUUACAAAAUAAUUUCUUAACUAGAUAAGUUCAAAAAGAGAGCUGGUUUGGAAUGUGAUCUUUAGGUAGAACUAACUCCCUAUGACUCAUAUAAUUUAUUAGAUGAAUUUUUUUAGUUGUGGACAACGUAUAGUUUUUUGGUUUCUAAUUCCUUAUAUACAACAAAUUUGUAUAUCCGUCAUUAUGAGAAAGCCCUACAAUAUGCUAGAACAUACAUUAUAUCAUUUUAUCGAUCAUGUCAAUAUCGCAUUAUUUUACUGUGUGCGUUUAUUGCUAAUCGAUCGUUGACCUUGAACAUUACUAGUAAUACAUAAGAUGAAAGUGAAUCCACUUUGGCACAAACAUUUGAUAGUUCUUAUACACCCAGUACCCACUGACCCACACCCACCAAUUACGUAUAUACCAUUUAAAUGGUUUGCGUUGACCACAAAUUUACUUCUCAUCCUCUAGCUUUACCUCUACUCAUUUCUACCGUAGUUCGGAGAGACAAAUAUUAUAUCAUGUUUUAAAAAAGAAUACAAGACACAAAUAUCAAUUGAUAUCCUUAAUUCGAUACGAAAGUUGGAAUAUUAUUUAAAGUUUUUCGAUAAUAAGAAAAUACCAAGACACACAAAUAUCAAUUGAUAUCCUUAAUUCGAUACGAUAGUUAGAUUACUAAGAAUUUAGAGGGUAAAAUUACGGACAUGCAACAAUAUAUAGAUAAACAUAAUUAUGUAUAAAUUAAUGAUGGUUCAAUGGUUGAAAUUGUAACAUGUAGAUUCAGUGUCCAAGUGUGUUCAUCAUCGUUAUAGUCUUAUUUUUGGCUGACAUCUUUUGUUACACAUGAGGUCAUGAUGAAAAAGAAAAUUAACACCCGAACAUUUUAUCAAAAACAGUACAACUUGGGAUCACAUUGCUAAACAUAUACAUUAGCUGCGCAAUACCAUCAUCUUGUAUCCGUGGACCACCAACCCAAAUAUGUUUUCGUAAAGAAGGAAAAAAAUCACAUACAUAGAGGAUACAUAGAACAAUGAACAAAAUGCAACACCCCGACCACACCACACCACCCCACCCACAAUAAAAGUAAUAAAAAGGAGAAGAUGGAAGAAUCAAACCGGGGUCUACCUGAUAUGGCACUAACCGCCAACGGGGGCACUAAAAGAAAACUCAAAAACUCUUAUAAAUAUAACAAACACAAAAUCUCCAAGCAAAUAAAAACAAAAACACAGAAGAAAAAAAAA